GUCUUCUCUUUCACGUGACUUUCCUUAAAAUAUGGCUGCGCCCAGGCACAAUUUGUUUCGGGUGGUUUAUACUUGCUGGCUUCUGUGGCUGCGAUCCGCAGAGUGCUUGGACGAUGGUGAAGAAGAAGGAAAGCCCGGGAAAGAGGAGGAUCAGGGGGACUGUGGUUGCAGCAACAGUCGUGCAAGCGACGCGGAAAGAGCUGCACGGAAAUACUCUCAGGAGGCGAAUGUUUCCCAGCAGCCAAAUAAUCGCCGUGGAGACGACCGCUCGAAAAACGAGGGUAUGAAGAUGGUCCCAAUUCCAGCUGGAGUGUUUACAAUGGGAACUGAUGAGCCCAUUAUAAAACAAGAUGGAGAAGGGCCUGGAAGGAGAGUCCACAUUGGUCAUUUUUUCAUGGAUCGCUAUGAAGUCAGCAAUGCAGAGUUUGAGAAGUUUGUGAAUGCUACUGGCUAUGUCACAGAGGCAGAAAGAUUUGGUGAUUCCUUUGUAUUUGAAGGCAUGCUGAGUAAAGAAGUAAAGAAUGGAAUUCAUCAAGCAGUUGCAAUUGCUCCUUGGUGGCUACCAGUUAAAGGAGCCAAUUGGAAGCACCCAGAAGGCCCUGAUUCUCAUAUCUUAAAGAGGCUGGAUCAUCCAGUUCUUCAUGUUUCUUGGAAUGAUGCUGUGGCCUUUUGCAGUUGGGCAGGAAAAAGGUUACCAACUGAAGCUGAAUGGGAAUAUAGCUGUCGGGGAGGUCUUGAAAACAGACUUUUCCCGUGGGGAAACAAACUUCAUCCAAAUGGUCAGCACUAUGCAAAUAUUUGGCAGGGAGAAUUCCCUAGAAGCAAUACAGAGGAAGAUGGCUACAAAGGCACCGCACCUGUAACAGCAUUUCCUCCAAAUGGUUAUGGCUUGUACAACAUUGUGGGAAAUGCCUGGGAGUGGACAUCAGAUUGGUGGGAAAUUAAUCAUUCUGCAGAUGAAACAUACAGCCCGAAAGGACCUUCAGAAGGGUCGGACCGAGUGAAGAAAGGUGGAUCCUAUAUGUGCCAUAAGUCCUAUUGCUAUAGAUAUCGAUGUGCAGCCCGAAGCCAAAAUACGCCUGACAGCUCAGCUUCCAAUCUGGGGUUCCGCUGCGCUGCUGGCAGUCUGCCAGACUACUUAAAGUGACAAAGCUUGACAGCCUUGGAGGACAGAGAGAUCUCACCAGGCUUUGCGAAGAAGGAUGCAGCUCAAAUAUUCCACAUUUGUCUUGCCAAAACAGAAGACACUGGAAAUUCUGAAUAUUUUAGCCAGCAGUUUUUGUUUUCUUUGAUCCCUGAUUGAUAAAGAAUCUAGGUUGCAUUUUCAUUUAAUGCACGUAGCGUGAAAAACAUUUGAUUAUUGAGUUGCUUUAAAUUUAAGAACUAAAUCAUAUCAGACAUACUUUUAUUUUUAAUAAAAGACAUUACCAUUCAAAUGAUAGAUCAAUUUACAGAAGUAAUUAAGUAUUUUAUAUUUAAUAUUUUUUUAAAAAAUGUAUCUGAUUAAGAUGGAAUAGCACACAGCAGUUGUGGCGAUAAAAAACAUCACAGAUUACUCUGAUCCAAAGAAAUUUCAAAGCUGUUUAUAUGUUAUUUAUGUUAUGUUUACCUUACUUUCUAGUUCCAUUGGUUUCAGUGGGUCUUAAAUCCAAUUCACAUUCUUCAAGAUUAAUAAUUUUGAAAGUAAGGCAUUAUCUGUUUUCUGAAAUAUACUGAUGUAAUUUAUGUUUGAAUUAGUAUGAUUUACUGUUAUGUUUUCUGAAGAUUCUUCUUAUUUUUGAUAAUUAUUGAUUUCUUCAGCAGCUGUAGCAGAGAAACAUUCCUGUCCCAAGCUUUUGCAGAUAACUUCCUAAGACCUCCAUUUUUCCAGCCUCAGUACCCAAAUUUGGAGGGCCACUUUUUCUUGCCUCACCUCCUCACUGAAAGAGUUCCAUGGGGCAAAUAUUUACAGUAAGUGUUGUAUUCAUUAGGCAGCUGCUCCCUAUGGCCACCAGGAAUCUAUGUGGGGCAGCAAAAGAGCUCUCUCUUCACAAGGAUAAGGUUUUUUAUUAGAUGGUCCCCAGUUUGUCCCGUUAAUCAGAUUACAGGGCCCAAGCAGUGUUGGAACGUUGGUGACCUCCGCCCCUACCAGGAAUAAUAGAUAAUAAAGUAUUUUUAUUUAACAUAAAAUAAGUUUGUGGGAGGACAGGCUGCCUGCAAAAUAGACGGGACCUUGCCCCUUUAAGUAACCCAGCAACCUGUGGCUAUGAAAGCUGAGUAGAAAGGCAACUAGGUAUGGCAAUGUUGUUGAUAUGAGAGGGAAGCUGGUUUGUGUUUGGGAGAUUGCAGAAGUCUGAAGGAGCCUAAUGCAAAUAGAAGAGUUACUGUUCGCCAGAAGUAGGGCUUGAUUUGAUUUGACUAGUUCCAAUAGUCUUGAGGCUCUGGAGCUAAAUCCCAGGCCCAAUCAGGAAGCACACUCUUCAAGUCUUUGCUUCUCUGAGAACUUCCACUGAACAACCUCUUGGGACAAGUAACUUCUAACUUCUUGUCACUGAAUCCCAUCUUGUCUCUCAUUGGAAGAGAACAGUUACUUUAGGGUCCUCUGUGAAGCACGUGCCUUAUUCUGCUACAACAUAAUUUUUCACCAGCUGAUGUAAGGAAAAAUGUAUUUUUCCCUAAAUGGCUCCUUUUAACUAUGAUUCUGCAUUUAAAGAACCUGAGGGUUAUAGAUGGAAGUAGCUGCCAGUAUCAGGGAAUUACUAUGACAAUCCUGAGAUAAACCACCUAUAUAAUGCAAAUAUGGAAAUGUGCAUAGAGGCAUCUCAGGUUACAUUUUCCUGUACACUCUUAUUAUGAAGUAGGCUGUUGACAUUUCUUUUCAGCAGACCUUUGUAGAGCUGUGGGAGAUAUCUAAUAAAACUUUGGAACUCCU